AUGCGUCAUGGACGCUCACAAACUUUUCAGACAACCAACAAUCUCAAGGAAUGCGCACUUCGACUGUGGGACCAUGGAUGGGAAUUGGAAGAUAUUUGUGAAGCAUUUGGUGUUAGUCAGAGGAGCUGCUACCGCUGGCGACAGAUCUUUGAGGAGUGUGGUACUGCCACGAAGCCCCCUUCUCCACUCACGGGACAUACUCGAACAAUAAUGCAAGCCCUGCUGAUGGCUGUCAAGGAUCUCUUCGCUGAGGACUCUGACCUUUUUCUUGAUGAGGUCUGUACAUGGCUCACAAUUGAGCAUAAUAUCACUGUCAGCACUUCCACCCUGUCAUGCAAUCUCAAGGAUGCUGGUCUCACUCGAAAAAUCCUUCGAAAACUGGCUUCCGAAUGUGAUGAGAAUAACCGGACAUAUGCACGACAUUAUGGACGAGCACCGAGUGGAGAUCGUGCACAGCUCACAGAUGUUUUUGUUCGAGGCGAUCGUUACUCAUUGUGUGCUGCUAUGACCGUGCAAGGAUACAUUGCUGCUCAAGUAGUCGAAGGUUCGUUCGACGCACAGGAAUUCUAUGACUUCAUUGCCGAGGAUGUGCUUCCACAUAUGCAUCCCUUCCCUGGAGAGCAUUCCGUUAUUGUCCUUGAUAAUUGCAGGAUCCAUCAUAAUGAAGAUCUUGUUGACCUUGUCGAAAGUGCCGGUUUGUUUUUGUGA